GCCUUAUUUCUGGCAACCCUAUCUGCAGCUCUCUUAUCAUAUUCGAACGACAUCAUAUCGAAUAGAGGAACAGAGAAGAAGGGGGACCCGUUCAUUACUGGAGGGUUUACGGUCGCCAUUUCCCUCUGUAUGGGUGCAGCACUUUCCAGCUACCUCCCCACAAGCGGCCUUUUUACAUCUAGGCACAUGCUUCUAUUGGAUAGACAAAAAUCAAAAGCAUUCUAUCAUUCAAAACGGAUACUAGAUGGACCCUUAUAUUCAGAAGCCACCCCCAAGAAACAAUCUAACCACUCCCUCCCAAUGCUCUCAAAGAUGUUCCCUCGACCUUUUCCCAAACAUUCCAAUCACGAUAUACUACAUUUUGAAGUCCCUCUCACAUCAGAAGAACUGUGCAUCAUUCGGAGGUUCGAACAAGGUGUUUCGGUAUGCCAAUGGGUCGGCGAAUCCUUCCUCUGUCUCGGGUUCUGCGUCAUGUUCGGUACCCUCGUCAUCCUCUCAUGGACAGAACAGAAAACCUGGAUAGCGCUGCUCAUCACUGUCCUACUGAGCUUAUUGGUUAUGACUGUGCUCGGGGUGUUUUGGAUGGCGGCGACGUCACACAUGAACCUUCUCAUUGACUAUAGAAAUCAAUCCAAGAAUAGGACACGCAUCUUCCCUUCAUCUGAAACUGUAUAG